CCUCACUGUCAGGUGUCAAGGUCCAAGUGUCAACAUUCAACAAUGGACGAAGAAAUCAAAGCUUUCAACAAUAGGCAAAAACAAACACGAAAUGAUCUAAAAUCGUCAAAAUUGGAAGACAAUGGCGAGGAAUAUAUAGAAGCACCUAUCGGUGAGUGUUGGAUUCGUGAUUUUGGUUUAGUUUUUGCCCAAGAUCGGGUUGCAUAUUUGAAUAAUCUGAAACUCUUGUCGUCAACCAACUUUAUAUUGUACUUGCUUUACUGAAAGUGACAGGCGACAGCUGCUGUGUUUGAGAUGAUAAUUUCUGUGCUUAUAUGAUUUAUAAGUGAAGAUUAUAUGUAUGAUUGUAUAUAUCAAAUUACUUAUUUUCACUUAUAAAUAUCCUUGUAAUAUAAACAAAAAUAUAUAGUCUAUGAUGUUUGUGAUGUUACUCUGAAUGUAUAUUCACACCGGACGAGUUUGAAAAAUAUGCCCAGCCACGGUGGGAAUCGAACCUACAACCUUUGGAACACUAUCCCAAUGUCCGAUUCCCACCGUGGCCGGGCAUAUUUUUCAAGCUUGUCCGGUGUGGAUAUACACUCAGAGCCAGGGUGAAUCUCUCAAACACCCUCAAAUUCACUCUGGACUCAGAGUAACACUACAAACAUCAUAUUCACCUGAGUACACAACACUAACACAGAAAAAAUUAUAUAGUCUAUAUUCACAAGCUUUCGUUGGUAGGGUCCAUGGGGAUGCAACUACAGUACCUUCGCUCGAAACGUCGAAUUUCGCUUUGUAUUUUUCAGGUAGCCCUACCAACGAAAACUUGUUAUUAUUGGCAUUACCUACACUGGCGCUGACCAUUCAAGAUUUAUAAUGCAUUUUAUCCUAAACAAUAUUCCAUUCCCAUUAAUUAUACUUUUCAUGCUUUCAUUGAACGUCUUGCUUAAAUUAUAAUAUGUACCUAUAUCAAUGUUUUCCCCCAACUGGGGGGGGGGGGGAGUGUAGCAUACCCAGCCUGGGCAAUUGACAUUUUUGAGAAUUGUUUGUCAUAACCUGAGUAUCAGGCUCUAUUUUACAAAUAGAGCCUGACACAAAACUUAACCUGAUCGCUUUCCACCCACAGCAAAGUUUAUAUUUAGUAUCCAAUCAAAAUGUCGCAGGAGAAAUUUAAAUUUCACACAACGACAACAACAAUCUAAUUAUAGCAUAGGCAGCCCACUAAACGGCUGAAUUUAAAUUAAAACUGCAAUGAACAUAUAAAAUUAACAAAAAUAAUCACAAAUUAGCGAAAUAUAUUGCAAAUGUAGCUUAUAUUAAAUCGCCACCCGAUUGCUCUCUCCUUCGCAGAGGUUUCAGUGACUACAAUGAGCUUUACAUGGCGCUUGCCGUAUUUAUCAACAAACUGACGUAUAAUUAUAAAGUAUAUAUAUAUAUAUAUAUAUAUAUAUAUAUAUAUAUAUAUAUAUAUAUAUAUACCGGAUGUGUAUAAAACACAUAUAUAUUACACAUAUAUACAUAAUAUAUAUAUAUAUAUAUAUAUUAAGUAUACUUUAUAACUGUACGUUCACUGUGCUGGCCAAUUUACUAAUUUCCACCCAAGAAAGAAUAAUUUAAAAAUGAAAAUUAAAGCCCAAUCAAUGAAUUUCAGGCAAGACAUAACAAAAAUAUAAAAUUUAUUGGCUAACGUUUUGUUGUAUUGUUCACAUCAUCUUCAGAGCAAUAAUUGUUGCAAUAUAUUUCGCUAAUUUGGGAUUAUUUUCUAAUUUAACUGCAGUUUUAAUUUAAAUUCAGCCGUUUAGUGGGCCAGCUAUAAUUGUAGUUGUGAUCGUUAUAAAAUAUAUCAACAACAAUAGUAUAAUCUAAUUAGCACCAGCCAAUCAAAUGACAGAUUUAAAAAAUCGUUUGUCUAAUCGGCCAAUCAGACGAAAAAGCCAGAAUCUGGCUUUUUACAUGCGCCGCGGUAAAGAAUUGUAUCAGGCCCUCCUUCAUUCGCCGCCGCCAAUUAAUCCUGGCGAAUGAAAACAUAAGGGCCUGAUACUCAGGUUAUGUUUGUCAGUAUUCCUCUCUCAAGGGUAUAAUAUAGAACUGUCAAUUAAUGUUGAAUGUCCCUGGGUCAUGAAGAGAUUGAAAGACCAACACUUAUAUACAGUAUUAUAAACUUGACACAAAUUUUAUCGACAAGAGUUGAUAUUUGUGGGAAAUAAAACCAUUCUCCCUGCCCACAGGCAUUAAUUUGUUGUCAAUUUAAUAAUGCCUGUGUCUGACCGCACUCCCCUCGUUGGGGGAAGUCAUUCAUUUGAUAGAUGCACUAUCGCAACCUUUACGCAUUAAGCACCAGCGCUGACUCCCCUUAACAAGUAAAAUUUCUAAAAUCAUACUACACCUGUAGAUGCUGAGUAAAAGAAUAAACUUAAGUAGGAUGCAUUACGGUGCAAUGCAACUUGGUGGGCUAAUUGAAAUAGCUGUAUCUUUAAUUUAUAGGACAAAAUUGGCCAAACAAUUUCAUCCCACCCAGGUGGGAUAAAUUCUUCCUAGGGAAUAUUUUAUCCCACUUAACUAAGAUCCUGCCUAGCACAAGGUCAGAUCUCACUUAUCCUGCUGGCUUCAGUUGUUUCUCACAUGAACCCAAAUUGAAUUUGACACAUUUUUACAUUAACCAUGCAGGCCUGCAAUUUAGUGCCAGGCAUCGGACAUUGUCUGGCUAGGGUGAAGCGGUUCAGGGUAAAACUGAAAACCAUCUGAAAAAAACAGAGAAAUUUUUAUGACUUAUAUCAAAAUAUACUAUAGUUAGAUUAAACUUCUUGCUACAUGUUCAAGACUUUAGUUUUAAAAAUGAUUUUGUUGAUGGUAUAUAACUAGUACUGUGUUAAUUAAUAUGUGCUGUAUUAAAGCAGUAAGCCACCAUUAUCAGGGCUAUUUUCUCAUAUUUUUAACGUUUAAAAGUUGAAAGUUUCACCAGAAAAUGCUGAACUAGCGCUGUGAUUGAGUUUGACAAGGUACAGUACCAUAAUGAUUUUAUUUCAAUAUUACUGAGAUUCAAACAGUGGCAUGUUUUUCAGAAUUUGUUCCGGUUUUUCUAGGGGUUUUCUGGUUUUUGCCUAGAACUUUUCCGGGUUAUCGAUUAACCGCCACACCGUUUGUCAGGCCAAAUUUUACCUUUUGUCUUAUCAAAGCUUAAAUUUAUGACCAGUCAUGUGACUGACCCUGAAUCUCAAAAAGUUGAUUUUUAACACUUUUUUAUAAUGUGUUAAAAACCAAAUAUAAACAAGUCACUUCCUCACUAUUUCUUGCUAAUUAUGGAUAAGAUAUAAUAUAAUCUAAAUCGCCUUCAUACAACGUGGUAGAAAGUAAACUUUUAAGUUAUUUAUAACCUGAACUAUAUUAAUGCACUGGUGCAUUGAGACUGGAAAGGAAUAUUAUAUACUCAGUUUUCUUUUGCAUUGCAGUGCAUGUAGACUAACAUGACCAGCCGGUAUACUGUACAUUGAAGAAUUUUACUUUGUCCAUUGUAUGAGAAAAACUGACAAAUGAUUUUUGUCUUGGCCAGACAUUUGCCCUUCCAAGCAAAAUAAUUAUUUACAGGUCUCAGGCAUGUGGAUCUUGCUCAGGUGAGUUACCUGGUUAGGUGGGCUUAUAUGAAGAGGCCCUAAAUAAUUUAUAUUAAUUAAUUAAUAUUAAUUAACUAUAAUUUGUACAGAAUAUGCCUUGUAAAAUUUUGUUUCAAGUUUUGUGUUAUAUACUCAAACUUACAGGCCUUUCGCUGAGAAAACCAAGGUGCUUGAUAUAUAAUGUAGCACUCCUCAGUAAUUAGAUAAAGGUGUUUUAAUUGCACUUACCACGCACUUACCAAAACCAUAGUCAAUCACACACAAAACAUACUGUUUCCUGAAAGUCCCCGUCAAUAAGUACUGUUUUUAUCAUAUACCAAUAUAGAAAACAAAAAACCCUAUAUAAGAGAAACAAGAAACUACAUAAUAUGCAUGUACCAUCAUGAUGAUAAUUUUUGCUUUUAUUAUUUAUAACUUUUGACGAUUUUAUUAUUCACUGGUGAAUAAAAAUAAUGUCCACCACUCAGAGCUGUUGCCAGGAGACAGUUGAAUUUUGUGACUUUCAUGUGACAUGCUCUAGUCCAAUGAAAUGCAAGAAAACAUGAACUAUUUCUGUAUAACAUUUAUUAAGUAUUCUACUAUAUGACUAAACAAUAAAUAUGGUACAACACGUAUGUUACGAAAACCUUUAAAAAGAAUUGUUUAGUUCGGCAAAAAUACAAUACGCACGUGACGCCGUGACGGUGAAGGACCCGAAUAAUGAGUAAACGUUGACUAACAUAGAUAAUGAGUAUUAUUCUAAUGAGUUUCAUAGCCAUCUUCCCUUCUAUAAGCUAUGCCCUGAACAAGGCGGGAAUCUUAACUGUAUGAUGAAAAUCAAUGCCCAUUUCAUUUCGUGAUGGCUUAUUUAGAUUAAUUACCAGCAUCAUGCUGGGCAUUGAUUUUCAUCAUACAAUUUUUGAAAAGACUUUGAUAUUGAAAAGGACUCAUGUUUUUGCAUGCGUUUUCUAUUUUUGCUGCGGAUAUUUUCUGCGUAAUCAUUUCAUAUUCGACUGAUCAGAGCCUGAAAAAUAUCGCGAGUACGAAAAAGGUACACGCACCAAACAGCCUACAAAUAUAUCCAAAUUCAAAUUAUUUAUUUUAAACCCUGUAAUAAUAACAUUUAUUGUCCCAACCAAAGUCAAGCAAUCCAAAACAUAAAUUCAACAUCCAUGCCUGAUUGUUUCUUGUUCUUGAAAAAAUAGUGCACAGUUGUAUUUUAAGGUGCACGUUUGUCUCUGUGUUGAGUGCCUUCCUGGGCAAGGACGGUCUGUACCAGUGUAGGUAAUGCCAAUAAUCAGGAAGGCUUCGGAUUGAUAAGGAUGCAACUCCUGAAAAAUAUCAAUGAGAACUUUGAAGUUUAGGAGGAGAAUUUUUGAAGGAGAAUUUUUCAGGUAGUUGCUGCAUCCUUGUCAAUCCGAAGCAAGGCCUGCAUUUAUACUUAUUUAUUACAGUAAAGGAAUUUUUUUGCAAUAUGCAAGUAGAUUAGAAAAUAUUUCGUUGAUCAAUCAUGUGAGAUGAAUGUCCCUUUUGACCUUGGUGUUCAAACCAAAUUUUAUGUUAAACCAUUAUUUUUCCAGAAAGUACGUCAUUUUGUGCAUAGAGCCUCGUUUUCGUGAUUGACACAUUAUGCUUUAACUACAUGUCACCUACACGAAAAUGAGGCUCAAAAGCCAAAUUGACGUAUAACUUUCAGAAGGGUGUAUUAUAGCAGGUGUGUCACUGUGGUUCAUGGGUUGGGGUAGAUCUCCCACUCAUGUAAAAUAUAUGACGCAUUGUCAGGAGUGUAAUGACCAAGAUUUUACAACAAAACAGUUUAGUGAAGUUUUUUUUUUAAUUUUAAAUGACUACAUUACAGUACAUAUGUUGUGAUAGGUCACAGCAAAAUGCAGUUAAAAGUUAAAAGUUAAAACAAGGGCAAGUUUAGGUAUACUAUUAAGCUUGUUUUAUAAUUUUCUUUAUUGUUUAUGUACUGUACUAUUUGUUGUUUUAAAAAUGUUGUAUUAUACGUUGUUUUCCUGUAGUUAACCUUUUAAAUUAACGCACGUUACCAUUUUACUCUGUCUAAUACCAUAUGAGUGUACUCAACAAGGGAGAGUGCUGGCUAUCAAUGUGUUAAUCAGACUAUCUGCCAACAAUGAAUGUAAUUAUUUAAUAGAUAAAGUUGGUCCGAUUGGACGAUGGAUCAGACACCGCCUUCUGUCAAGCUCACUUUAUGGGACACCCCUGCUAUGUGCUAUUCAGGUAUAUUUUAUCAUUAUCGAAUUAAAUAUAUUUCGAAAAAUGAGCAUGCAGUAAUACACACGUUUUAAAUUACUGCGUGCACUCAUUUUUCGAAAUUUUAAUUUGAAACCGGUUUUCCAGCAUUUGUUCGCGUGAAUAAGGGAAUCGAAAAGUAGAUUUCGGUAAUCAAUCAAUCAUAUCGCUGAACUUUGUUUUUCGAUUUGCUGCCCGUAUAAUAAAAUUCGCUUAGGCCACAUAAAAAAAAAUUACUUGUUUAGCGUCCUCGCCCGACCUGAUAAAAGUCCCCGACCUCCAAUUUUUUUUAUUUUUUUUUUAAAUCCAUCCGAGUUUAGUGCAAAAACUCUAUAAAAAAGACCGUUUUACUUGGAAAAAUGGUGAUUUUAUUCUUCUGGGAGCUAUGUAAUACGUUUACACAAAGUUUCCUUCCCAGAAUAUGCCUGUUCGCAGCUAAAGUGUUCGCGCGUGACCGCCAAACGGUAAUUUUCUGUUUUAUUAAAAACAUGAACUGUAUUAAAAAAACAUGAACGGAUUUUGAAAGAAUUAAAGUGAGUUUUGACUGUGGUAAUAUACUGGAUUUCCUGCAUUUAGCAAAAUUUUGUGUUGCAUUUUACGAAAAAAAAAACGAAAAAAAACCCCGCCCGCCCGACCUAGAAAAAUUAAAAUGGGUGGACGCUAAACAAGUAAUUUUUUUAUGUGGCCUUAUACAGCAGAAAAUAUUUACUACUUCCUAAGUACAUCAUAAUGGAUUAAGUAACAAAUAACAAAUACGGUAUACUGCACAAUCUCAAUAAAGUUGAAUGGAAAAAACACCAUUCAUAUUUAUUUCAUGAAUGCAUUAUUAUUUGAAGGUGCCAGUGAGUGUAUAGCUAUACACAGCGAUAUACAGUAUUCGUCAGGCUUUUUUGCAUGAUGCCUGAAUAGUAUAGAACAAACGUCGACACGUUGAGUGUGUGCUGGUGACAUCUCGAGUAUAAAAAAAUUUUUUAUCUCGAGUAUGCAAUAACGGGAUCACCCGUGAGCUACAUGUGUUUUGCGAGAAACAAACGCAUCAAGGCAUUUUCGUCUUUUUUCGCCGUAGCUGCCAUGUCAGAAUAAUGUACGUUUUUAAUAUUUUAUUCAACUGUUCUUGUAUAAAACUAUGAUUAACAUGACUAGAUAAUGAUUAAAUUAUAAGCAAACAAAAUAAUUUGUAGACAACUGAGUCUGAUGACUAUUUAUAUAUUCUGCUAUUUACGAAAAGAUGAUCUCUACUGGGAAAUGUCAAUAAAAUGUUUAUGGUCGGUCAUAUUUUUGACAGGUCGGUCGGAAACCUGAAACCAACUAUUAUUUUUAUUUGGCCAUAUCGAACGUCAGAGAAUCAGGUUCCUCUAUAAUAGUUUGACUCUAUAUAUAAUAGUAGCUACUAGUUUUACUUAAGUCUGCUGAUGUUUUUUCUCAUGCAGUUACAGUAGCUUGACAAUGCAUGAAAUAGGUAGAUCUAACUAGAUUGACUACUGUAGAUUCUCAUCUCAGUCAUAUGUUAUAGCCUUUCUCACGAGGGCCAAAUUCGCCAUUUUAGGGGUACUUUUUUGAAAACGACGUGAAAAAUCUAUGCGAUUUGAAAACUUUUUUCAAAUAAAUUUUUUCACUGUAAAUUAACUUAUAAUGAUUAUACUCACAAAUAUAGUUAUACAAUCUCAGAUUUGGAAAAGGAAGUACCCCAAAUAUCGCGGUGUGAGAAAGGCUAAUUGUGGACAUUCUACAUGUAUAAAAAUUUUCAUAAUGCUUAAUAUUAUUUUUUUUGUAAAAUAGCGCCACCGGACGCCAUUAUGGACCAAAAUUAUGAAAUAUAUGAGCUUCUUUGGAACGGAGGAAUUUUAUAUUAUAUUAAUUUGUUUUGUUAAAUGGUAAGAUAACAUAAGGCAAAUGUCUGUCGGCUAAAUUGUUGUGCAGUAUAACUUCUUACUUCCAUUUGAAAGUUCUGCAUCGAAACAGUAUUGGUAUGCUUUAACGUUUGCCUGGUACCGAGAGAAACAGAGCGUGUUUUGUGGAUUGAAUACUGUCGAAGGUCCACAAAACAUACAGUUCCAGAAACUCCCCAGUCAAUGAGAAUAUUCUAUUAUCUAUAUAUAUAUGUACCAAGUGUCAAAGAAAACAAAAAAUCGAAAAAGAAACGAGAAUGUUCCGUAAUUUUUGCUCCAUAACUGAAUGCUUUUAUUGUCCACCGCUCAGAGCUAUUGCCAAAAGACGAUUGAAUUUCGUGAUUUCAAUUAAGUGGUACACUCUACAGCAGCUUGUCCAAUGAGAUGGAAGAAUACAGUCGUGAACUUUGGCACUUGGUAUAACGCUGUUUAUGUGCAGUUUAUACUGUAGAGUAAUUUUGUUUCGUUCAAACAGGAUUGUUGAUGCCAGGCUUGGCCGUCUGCUCUGCAUUCUCAUGGGUAUUGGAUUCUUUGUUUCUAAUUUUUUGAAGGUUUGUCUAUAUAAAGUUUAUGUCUAAAAAAAUAUAUAUUUAAGUAUAUCACAACUAUUCGCAUCUAUAAAAGUCUGAUUGCAGAUUGCCUUAGCGUACAUUCUAUUAUGAGCUAAAGUUCACAUUGCAAAGUCAAUUUUGCAUCGGACCGUGUAAACUGACAUGACUUUCUAUCAGAUUUUAACUGAGUUUACCAUUCUUGGUUUGCCAUUAUACCGCGCUUACAGCUUUGAAAGGCUUACAUGAAUGUCCAGAUACUGUGAUAGAAAAAACAAUUAACAGUACUGAUAGCAGGGGUUGACUGGUGCAUUCUGCGUGAACGUGGGCUAACCACUUAAUCCAUUUUAACUGCAUGCAGCAGCAGACAAACUCAAUGGUCAUCAUGCACGUACCAAAUUGCAAGCCUGUUAUUAUUCAGUCAGAAUUUAUUCACCUGACUAAACUUACUUUCACUAAGGGUGGGGCAGGAACGCUCUGUGGUCAGCGUCGCAAUAAAACAGUGAGGGACACUAAGAGGGGUUAUUGAAAACCUACCGUAUUGUGCUAAAUUACAUUAUAUAAGUGUAGUGUAUGGAAAGAGAUUUGCAGCCAUACAAAGGUUGGAAUAUGUUGACAUUCUACUACAUACUUCGCGAAAUGUCUGUCACUAACACUAAAACACUCGGAUACUGCAAUAAACGUGAUGGCAAAAUCAUCAUCCACCAGCUAAAAAUAAAUUAAUUGUAUACAUAUAUUAAUGAUCCAAAGAUUGAAUCAUUGAAUAUAAACUGUAAUUAACACAAUAAAAAACACACGUUUUGGUUUUGUGGGAGAAGGGGUGUUUUGGGGGGACGUACUCUGUGUUUAUGUCAAACGACAUCCCUCCAUAUAUAGUUGUACCCUUCAUUGGAUGAGACCCUAAGCUGAGAAUUCUCUUUUAUUUUGUAGAAUUGCCUUUGCCUUCCUCGCCCACCUUGUCCUCCAGUUAUACCUCUGGAAGAAGCAACUGAAACAUGGUAAGGAUUUUACAAACGGCAAGAAAAUGCGUGUUUUCUUUUCCACCAUAAAACCACCAAUGAAUGCAAUCUUGUUUUGGAUUAUACUGUUAGUACCAAUACAAAGAAAACGUUUUGCAAAUUAAAAACGGUUUUCUUUAUUUUCUCAUCUCGCUUGUUAUUGUAGUAUCGGUAGCAUUCUGGUACUGUAGUUUAUUUACACAUUAAUUUGAAAAAAAUUUAUUCUUGUUCCAGGGGUCUUCCAAGUCAUCAUUCCGUUUUAUGUGUUGUUCUUCCAUGGUAAGUCACGUCGAUUCAUUGCCACUGGUAUAUUUGCUUUCUUUUAAAACAAUAUCAAGGGAGAAGCAAGGGACAUACAGUACAGUACUGUACUGUGCUGUACUGUACUGUACUGUGAUGUGAUGUGCUGUACUGUAUAGCGAUGUGUCCAUAUGUAGAGGUUACAGUAUCUGUUUUAUAAAGGCCACCAUGCACCAUACCUUUUUAAACAUGAUUUCAUGCGAGCUGCUCCAUUUACUGUUCGGAGUACUCCGGAUUUUCGGAACACUAAUGGAAUGAAACAGAAGACAGUCACAUGACUGUUCUGAACUGUUCGGACUACCCCGAUUUUCGAGUAGGGGCAGCCAGAACAGACACGUGACACUGCCCAUUUUCACGUGAUUAGAAAUGGAGGCGAAGAUUUUGUAUAUCCAAUGCACAACGAGUAAAAACGUUCCAAAAGCAUACUUAGAUGUACAAAUAACAGCAAAUCAUUAUACGAUUUAUUAUGCGAAUAACUAAUGAAUAUAGUAAUGCAUGGUUACACGCAUAUAUAAUAAACUAAACACUGUUUCAGAACACCGUGUGCACUCCAUUUCAUAUCGUUCUAGAACAGUGUUCCAAAUGUUCUAGAACAGUAAAUGGAGCAGCCUGAUGGCCAUUAUUUCAUGUCUGUUAAAAGUUUAUAUCAAUUUUUGUUUGCUCAUUUAUAUCUACAGUACUAAUUGUUUUUUCCUCUGUUAACAGGUACAUCUGGUUUUAUUCGAUGAUACAUUUUAAUUUGGGUUACUCGGAACAAUCACUGUUGUUCACAGCCAUUACGAUAUGUAUGCCAAAUAUUAUAUUAUAAUAAUUAUAUACUCGUGUUCUUUCUUUGUAUUUGGGCACCAUCUCAGCUAAUAUUACUCAAAACAGGGUUUAAGCUGCACAAAUAGUUUUCUUUACCAUAUAAUUUGACUAAUUAAUGAGAAAACUGUUGCCUAAUUUAAUUUUUUGCAGCCAAUUCAUUUAACACAUCUAUUAAAACUUUUCCGAAUACAUAUGCAUGAGCUUGGAAAGACGGCAAUUAGCUUUUGGCGAAAUGAUAAUGAAACUAUAUCGUCAAUUUUUAUUUGCAUUAUUUUGGUGAACUUCCGCUUCAACCCUGCCAAGAGUUCAAACGUUUUCAGAAUUCUUGUUAGCCCUUAGAACAUACGAUACAACAAAAUUUUGUUUUAGUGUCAGACAUAUAUAUAUAUAUACAGUAGUCAUUAUUUUCCCUAUCCCCAAAGUUGUAAGGGUUACUUCCUUUCCGUAUAUCCAGAAGCUGUGUGCUGCUGUUGGGUCCUAUAUAUGGCUAAAGAGUUCUGGGGCUUGCGUAUUGUAAGACUUUAUAAGUCCUGUCGAUACUCAAUACAACACGACCUCAGUGAAAUACGUACAAACGGAACAACAACAAAUUUUGUUCUUGCAUGGAAGGGAAUUUCAACCUCUUAAAAUUCCUAUUGCCAUGAGUUUUAAGCUUAUUUUAUCUCCCUUUUCCUUCAUCCCCCUUUUCCUUUGCUCGCCCCCAUCCCCCAGAGGGGGAGGAAAUAUUAACUAUAUGCAUCCCUGUUUACUGCAUGUUGGCAACCUAAAUCCCCCCCCCCCUCAAUAUUUCGCGAAGUGUCCGCCACUGUUACAGUAACUUACAAACCAAACUGGUGAGAACCUGCAUGGGGUCGAUUUUCUAAUAUUGCCUUUGACUGCUAUAGCAAUACAACCUGUAUUAAAGUUAAGUAGUUAAACAUUUAAUUAAAUUAAGAUUGUGGGAUCCUUACCCGUACAUUUGAAAAAUCAUUAUUGGGUAGAUGAACAGUUUGUACUGUAAAUAGUGUGGCAUUCAUCCACUCAUGCAUUUCAUUCUGUUGAUUUUUUACUUUUAGGGAGUGUGUCAGUGUUGUUAUGUCGUGUGUAUCUUGGCGUACAUAGUCCUGCAGAUGUUGUGUCUGGUAGCAUAUGCGGUUGUUUAAUCUUAGCAUUCUGGAUGAAAGUUGAUAACUAUCUUGACCAUUAUAUCAGCCUUGGAAAUAAUGGUAAGAAUGUCCACUUGUGGUUUUGGUCUGUUCGACGACAACAUAGAUUAUGGAUCAUACCAGAUGUCUCACUGUGUAUCUAUCCCUAUGAUUUUCGUGUCCGCGAUUUUCGCGCGUGUGACACUUACUGCCAAAAUGGCGCUUACUGCCAAAAUGCGUGAAUUACACUUACUGCCAAAAUGGCGGCCAACGCGUGUUCAUAAAAAAUCGCGGACACAAUUUUGGCUGAGUGAUUCAUCUGGUAUUAUCUAUCAUCUGUGACGAGAAUGACGUUUUUUACAAGCUAGUGUAGGCUAGGUAGGUUUCGCGCGAAUCGACUUUAGUCUUUUGUCUAAAACUAAUUAGUUCCAAAUGGUUCCAGCCGAAAGCUCAAGAACAAAAGCAAAUAGUCGCUUCGCGCGAAAUAAUUCGCUAGUGGAAAACCAGCCGUGAUAAUUGACCUACUGUACCUUUUCCUGUAAAUGACUGGUAGGAUUAGUGCUGUACCAACGCCCUACGCUCGUGAGUCGUGAUCCGGAGGCCAUAUACUGCCUAACCUUACCCCCACUUCCCACCAUAUACCAUACAGCACAUGUGUAGCAUAUAUAAUCCCCAACAAAAAUAUAACCCAGCCGUAACCUUACCAUACUGUAUACAGUAUGAUACUAAGCAAACGUUUUUUUCAUCAAUUGUAGUGAUAAUGCAAGCGCUGAUUUAUACCAUUGCUCUGUUAUUUAUUCAUCCACGUCCAAAACUUAGAACAGGGUCAUUUCAGGAAACCGUAAGUACCAAUAUAAUUUGUGUGCCUGGGAGGCAGUGGCGGACACUUCACAAAAUAAUGGGGGAGGGGGGAGGGCGAUAUUUUCAACAUGUAUGCCAAAGGGGUUUCGGUGUCUGUUUAAUAAUUAAGGCUCGCUUGAUCAUUGCAUACGUUAAUUGUGAUAUUUGGUACCAUACUUUUAUACGUCUAUCGUAGAAAGUCUUUUAUAGACUUUUAUAGGUCUGUCCGCCAUUACUGGGACGGCAAGACAUGAUGGACCGUUAUGUCAGCUGACUCGUCUCUAUCCUUUAUGACUUCAUGCAUUUUCUUCAGUAAAAUUAACUACUAUCAAUAAUCGUUACAUAAGUUAUUUGUCCUCAACUGACAAUUUUUACGUUUUCACUUUCCAUCAAUGACUGUAGAAACUUCAGCUGUUCAUUUACACGUAUUGGCUUUGUAUGGAUGCUGUCACUGCUAAUUAAUUGUCAAAAAAAUCCUAUACGGCUUUUUGUUUAUGUAUAACUGAGAAAACGAAUCUCAUGCCAAAUACUUAUGUUUUCCAAUUUUCCUUUCUAACUUCGUUAUUUUAAAUUUUUUUCUGUGUUGGUGUUGUGUACUCAGGUGAAUAAUAUGUUUGCGAUGUUACUCUAAGUGCCUAUCCACACCGGGCGAGCUUGAAAAAUAUGCCCGGCCACGGUGGGAUUCGAACCUACGACCUUUGGAAUACUAGCCCAAUGCUCUUCCAACGGAGCUACGCGGUCAGGACGGUUCGUGUAAGUGAUAUUUCGGAACAGUAUCUAGUUCCUUCAAUACCAAUGUGUUCUAGUAAUAUGAAUUUUUUUCUGUGUUGGUGUUGUUCGUUAUUUUUGUCACUGCAACAAACAUUUGCACACAAAUUAUUUUUCUCGUAUUUUAUGGCAGUAAACCUUUCCGCGCGGUUCAUUUUUUCCCUGUUUCGUAUUAAAACCUGUUUUCCACUAGCCGAAUUUCCUUUGUCAUCAUCGCUUAUCACGUCAGCAAACGCAAUGCCGACAAAGGAACAAGUCGCUUCGCGCGAAUAAAUUCGGCUAGUGGAAAACAGGUUUUAAUAAAGUAUCAAUAGCUCUAUAGUUAGGCCCCACGGACUAUAUACUCCCAAAUUAUAAGGCAUGCAGAUAAUAUACUGUACAAUUAUUGGACGAGGUUGACCAAAUAUCGUGAUUUGCCAGUGGCGAGCAGAUCUAUAGAGCAGAUUAAUAGUUAAGCAUUUGCACACGCUUAAAUUGUAGAGCAAAUCAUCACCCUUAGAUAUUAUCAACGCAAAAAUUAUACAUGCUAUACGCAAAAAACGUUAUUGAGAAAAACGUGGAUCAUAUGAACCUACGAAAAAUAUCUUUGUAUGAUUCAGUUAAAGAACCUUUUAUAGAAUAAAUUUAAUGACAGUCACCUUUGGUUCAUUUUCUUGCAUAAUAAUACUUCUUGCACAUGUACUGUAGACUAUAAUUAUUUCUAGUUUUUAGGUUGUCACAUUCAUUAUUGCGCUUGCAUUUUCACAGAAACGGCGGGACAUCGAAGUCGCUCCUUGUCGCUUCCAUUUCGAGCUACUGCCUGACAUGCUGGAAAAUAUAUCAAAUGUAUAAUGCGUGUCGAAAUUAAGUCUUAGGAAAGCUACAUCACACCACGCUCGUCCCAGACUCUAGUUGAUACGCGACAAUUUUACGAAAAUCGCUGUUUAGAGCCUCGUAUCUCGCGAAUGAAAAGAGAAAACCGAAAAAUGUUAAAGAACCUAUUAACUAACUUUUUGUCCUCUGCCAAAUAUAAAAAAAAAAUUUGUGACAUAAGCACUUUAAAGAACGUUUUAUACAAUAAAUUUAUCGACAGUCACCUUUGGUUUAUUUUCUUGCAUAAUACUACUUCUUGCACAUGUAGACUAUAAUUAUUUCUAGUUUUUAGGUUGUCACGUUCAUUAUUCCGCUUUGCAUUUUCAUAGAAAAGGCAAAACAUCGAAGUCGCUUCCAUUUUGAGUUUUUGACAACAUUCCGAACACUUGACAUCACGUUCGCCAUACAGAUUUCAGUAAUGUUGACACAUGCGCAGGCGUUUUUCCGCGGUGUUCUUGACACCACGUUCCCAAAGGGAAUUUCAGUAAGGUUGACGCAUGCGCAGACGUUUUUCAGCGGUGUUCUGUUACGGUGUUCCUGCCACGUUUUCUCUAUUUAUAUUUGUUAUCGGUGUAACUUUUCGGAGUUUUUUCAAUGUGUAAUUGUAACUUUUUCCCUUUUUUUGGGCGAAGCUAGUAAAAUUCAAAUUAAAUUAUAAAUAGAGUGACGUAAAUGUUUUGCACCACACCGAAACACUCAGCGUAGCAUCAGAGUUGAACACCACAACCAUACAGGUGUAAGAUUUCUUUAUGUUUUGUUCCUAGGUAUGUAUGUUAGGUACACUCGUUGGUUUCGUAAUGGCAAGGUCUGCGUGGACAGCGAGGAAACCUGCAUUAUGUAAAACUGUACUACGAGAGUUGUCAGGUAUAAAUACAUUUUAAAAAGUUAUGAUUGGCGUAACCAAAUGCUAUUUAGCUCAAAUCACGUUCACAUUUUCCCACUGACCACGCCCAUUACCAUAACUUGAUGUUCAAACUUCAUGUGCAAUGCUUUUUGGAACAACAUUGUUUAUGGCAACUUGAGAUAUACAUUGCUUAUACUGCGUUACAGGACAUACAGUAUAAUAUAUAGUUUCUUAGUAAAAGCAAGUGUUUGGUAAGGGCAUUUGUUUUCACUUUCCCCAAAGAGUUCUUGUAACGAUAGUGUUUUGUUCUUAUAUACUUAUACUAUACCCUUUCGGCGUUAAUUCGUUAAAACGUGUAUAUUUAAACUGCUUUAUAAUGCACAUAUUAUGAUCAUGGGAAUUUUACAUAUACUGUAUUUGUGAUAUUCAUGCAAACGAAUUUGAAACGAAAUGCAAUAUACUGUACAAUAUUUUCUUAGAGGGAAACUUCAUCUUCGUGGUCGUUUUGGCUGCUAUUGUCGAUUUUAACUUACUUUUCAGUAAAAUGUUCCGAACUUCGUUCCGAACUUCGCACAUUCGUUGCAAAGUUCAAACGUUUGUAAUGAAAUCCACAAGCAGGUCUGUAAACAAAGCCUCUGAUUGGCUACUAAAUCAAACCAGCCAAUCAAAUGCUCAGUUUACAAACCAAUUUGUAAAUUUCAUUAUGAGCUUUUGAACUUUGCAACGAAUUUGCGAAGUUCGGAACAUUUUACUGAAAAGUAAGUUGAAAUCGACAAUAAAGCUACCGGAGGUAACGUUUAAUUACAAAGGCAUUUUGUGGCAACAUACAAAAGAAAACUGAUCUGCAUUGCCUUAUUAAACGUCGCUUCGUCUAGCUUUAACAGUCAAAUUGUCCAUGAGGAUGACGUUUUUGUCUAAUAAAAUAUAUUGCAUUUCGUUCCUGAUCGUAAUAUGUGCACUUCAAAACUUGUAAAUCUUUGCUUUCCUGUGAACAAUUACUCGCAGUCUUUCUGUGAGCUUUUUUCCAUUUAGAACGAAUAACUCGCUGUUUUCUCGUUCGCCAAACCCGGUAUAGUUUAUGAGGCACAUUUUGUUGUUCUCAAUGCUCGCUGGAUACAGUAUGACCUACUAUUCUGUUAGCACAGAGAUCUGAUCAAUUGAAAAAAUAGUUAUGGUAUGCAGUGCAUGGUUCAACUCUGUUUUUAUUAUUAAUAAAUAACUUUAUAAGACCUUAUCAAAUCCGGAAUAAUGUCAUUUCGCGAGAUAAAAACCAGUGCUUGAUCACUGAGCUACAUAUUCUGUACAUUGUAUAUAUACUACACUUUACAUUAUAUUGCAGUUUGAUUAGUGGUUUGAUAAAAAUUUCGAUACCAAUUAAGUUUGUUUUAUGCGAUUUUGAAGUUAAUUUUUGGAUAACGUCUAUAACAAAAAUAACGUGAAUGUUUAAUUUAAUUUUUUGUUCAGAUUCAACAUCCUGGAUGAAUGUGGUUUUAGUAUCUAUGGGACGACUUUUAUUAGGUAAGCAGCACUAAGCACAUUGAGUCUCGCUGUGUUUAUACAGUAGUUUCGAUGGGGGCCUCUUUAACCUGAUUAUCAAGCCAAUUUUCCUUCUUUAAAUGCGAGUCGGCUUGGUUGUAUUUAGGUUAUCUAUUCAGCUUUUCGUAUGCCAUGUAAUAUUUGAAAUCCGACUAUCAGGACUGGACUAGAUUUCAAGUCCGCGAAAUUUGAUCAAGUCCGAGGCGAGGCGAGGACUGGAUCAAAAUGCUAUGACUUGGAAUCUAGUCCAGAAUAAAUCACUACUUAAUUAAUUUUGAUGCAGUCAAAGGACUGAAUUAAUUUUGAUCCAGACCUAGGACUGGAUCAAUGCACUUCAUCAGAUAUCCAGUAUUAUCAUGUGAGCAAAAUAAAGCAAUAUGGUUGGCUAAUUUACUCAUGAAUUAUUAAUGAGUUUGACAUGCUAGGAUAUAUUACGAAGUCGAAGCAAAAAUUGUUGAACAUUUUCUUAAUCGAAAUGAGUAAAAGAAAGUCAUUUAAGAUUUUAAUACAUAUAAUUUACGGUAGAUCCAUGGGGUGGCCAUGGUAUGGUAUGGUAAAACUAUGUUGGUCCCUACAGCAAGAGCUGAUUUCCCACAGGGGCGUAGAUUUGAAUUUCAAAAUUACUGGGGCCGGUUGUAUAAAAACGUAGUUAGCGCUAACUGCAGUUAAAAAGUAGUUAAAAAGUGGUUAACUUUAAUCACGUAGUUAAGCCGGUUGUAUAAAAGUGUAGUUAGCCUUAACUGCAGUUAAAAAGUAGUUAAAGUUAAAUAUGCUUUAGGGUAUAGUUAACUGUCCAAAACGUAGUUAAAAAUGGCGUUUGUAUAGGAGUGAACAACAUUUUUCAAUAAAACAACAAUGAAAAGCAACGCUUACCCGAGAUUUUCAAUCGCUAUCUUCCCCGUGAAUGUUUCCUGACAAUAUAAACUCUUCGAAUGCUAUCGCUUUGGUGUUUUUACGAAAACGGAACAUAUUUUUGCACAGGAGGAUUUCUCGAAGAAGAAGUAUGGUCCAUUACACCAAGAAACACUGAUAUAUAAUUGCCAAACAGCUAUGCCUUGGUUUAACAUAGACAUCUCAAGGAAAAACUGCAUUCUCUUAUGAUUUUUGUGGCGGUUUUUCUUUAUUUUUUUAUUUAUUUUUCACUGUUUUCUAGUGUUUUGAAUAAAAUUCCCGCCUAUUUGCAAAAUACGAGUCCACAAUCGUGUUGAAAAUGUGUGUCAGCGGUCGUUACUCGCUGCUUACUUUAUGUAAUUUUCUGUUUAAACUCCCCACGCAAGCCCCACGCACAGUUAACUACGUGAUUAGUUAACUAUCCGACUAACUACGUUUUGUGCAACGCAGUUAAGUCAUGUAGUUAACUAAUUACAGAUAAGGAUUUAACUACAGUGAUUAACGCUAACUACAGUUAGCGCUAAUUACGUUUUUAUACAACCGGCCCCUGUACAUUAAAAAUUUCGAAUACAUGCAGUCAUUACAAUUACAAUUACAAUUACAAUUACAAUUACAAUUACAAUUACAGUCAUUACACUGAGUACAAAAUAAGGUAAACAGUCAGGGAUAUUUCAUUAGUUGACUUAACUGGUUAAAUACAUACUUGUAUUGAAGGCAGUAAGAGAUUUCUUACUCCUUAAUUUCAUCUGUCUCUAUUAAAAAGUCCUCUGUAUUAUUUUUUCAGGUUUUAUCAUUGUGUUAGCAGUAAGAUCUCUUGGAAAGGUUACGUUUCGUUCUAUUGUGUCAAAUGUUUACAAUCUCAUUGGUUUAAAAUCAGUCAUUCGUGGUGGUUCGAAAGCUCACUAUUUUAACACAACAUAUAACAAAUCCUUCACACUUCCACCUGUCUUCAACUUGGUAAGUAGUGCAGGUGGUAUAUAAUACUGACGCUACAACCUAUAUGGAUACAGUAGACAGUAUACUGGGUAUUUCAUACAACUGUCCCAAGCUCAAGUUUUUAUGUAGGCGUACACGACAAAAUGACAUGCACUUUUUCUUUGACAACUCAUCUUCUUUCACUCCCCGAUGGGGCUUCUCCGUAACUGAUCACAGCAAUUAGUACCAGGGUUCGUACAAAACUUGAAAGUCCUUGAAUGUCCUUGAAUUUGAAAACAAAAAUUCGAGGCCUUGAAUGUCCUUGAAUUUGUAAAGAAGUGCUUGAAUGUCCUUGAAUUCUUCUUGCUUUAGUUUUUGGAUAUUUUCUGAAAUUGUUUGACAUUCAAGACGGACAUUUUGUUGAACUGAUUUUGCAUGUUCAUAUCAGACCUCAUUAUAAAGUUACGUUUUGAACAAUUCAACGUCAGAUUCUGCUGAUUUCUAACGCCUUCUUCUUCAGUAUUUAGUCCUUGAAUUUGCUGAUACAUGGCCUUGAAUGUCCUUGAAAAGUCCUUGAAUUUGACUCUUCCUGACAUGUACGAACCCUGUAGUACCCUUAAACCGGAGCACCAGGGGGAAAAACUCACGUCUUGCCUUAAUGCCUUUCGGCAGGGCGUGCACAGACUCUUUUCACAUGAGUGAGAAUCGAACCCACGAUCUCCGAGGAGAAAGGCGCUUGCCUUGACGACUGCGCUAUACUGAAGCCUCGUAAUCCUGAACACGACCGAACAAAACUUUAUAAGAGGAAACUUGUAAGGAAAACUAUCUGGUCGUUACGGAGCUGUGAAUAAAAUCUUGAAUGUUGGGUGCCAGUGUUGGUAGCGAAGAAUACUAUUUUCAGACUUGUGUGUAUAAUGCAAAUAAAAAUUUCGACGUUUCGAGCGAAGGCCCUUCGUCUGGAACUUAGCAUGCAACUUGGGGUUGCAUCAGAUCAGAAUUUUGGCCAUCUCACUCGAUAGAACUAAUUGUAGAAGGAUUUUGUAGAUUGAAAUUUAGAAUGUGAUUUUUAUACUACAUUUAUUAGACUUAAUAUACCAGUAGCAGUUGCGAAAAAUGCAACUACAUGCCUUUUAGCAGGAGUCGAACCUGCGGCCUUGCCGUUCUUGUGCAGACUCUAUCAUACUGAUCUAUAGAGUCCAGUCAAACAGCUGGGCAUUUUGUACGGAGCAUGCGCGAAAAAAUCAAUAUGGCGACAUAUUUAUAGGAGUGCUUCGUGGAUUUAUCUGGUUUUAAAGCUGAUAAAACAACAUUUCAAUGAAUAAAAACUUUGUAAUAUUUAGUGGAAAACAUUAAGCUAUGCAGUCCAAAGGUUUUAAAUUAAAAAUAAGUACUUUUGCUUUAUUUUAUUGCUUUUUAUGCUUUCAAAAUAGGCAAGCUCAUUUUUUUUGAAAGAAUCUAAACUAAUAUUUUACCCAUCAUUUGUUUAAUCUGAACAGAAAUUGAUAGAACACUUGGCUACAUAAGUUAUAAAGGGAAUUGGUAGCUGAUCUGAAAGAUUUCAGUAUUCCUGGUACACAUUUUAGCAAAGAAUGACUGUAAUUUUAAAAAUUAAAUAUGCAUAUCAAAAACAAUAGUUUUUAUUAGAACAACACAUAAUAAGUUGUUAUUUUCUAUUUUUACAAAAACAAGUUUGGAAACAGAAUCUAGUCGUCCAGUUUGAUGUCAUAUUCCAUUUAUUUGGAUAUUUGAAUAAAGGAAUGUGAAAUAAUAAUUGAAACUUGUCCAAAAUUUGAUACCAACACUCAAGUGAACAGAUACUAUCACCUAAAAAUAAAAGAAAACAGAACUUAAAUUUGUCAUAUAAUGCUAUGAAAAAGUCUUAGAUACUACAGGCAUAUAGUGAGCACAAUGCUUUAACAAACUCACUAAAAUAAGUUAAGUUAUGCUAUGAUAAGAGGAUGGCAAUAUAUGACAACAUCAAAUGUUACCAUCUUCAGUGUCCAAAAAAAGUGCCGCGCGCAUUUUUCCCAGCAUACCCACUAACUUUUCCAUGAAGGUUGACUAAUAAGGAUAGUUUUAAGCCAUAUUUCGGAGAGAGGCAAUGGUAAAAAUUUUAAGAUAUUUUUAUUUAUAUGCCAUAUCACCACAGAAUUUCACAAAGCAAGCAUGCCUAUAUUCAGGAUUGCCGUUAGACUCUUAAAACUGAACAAAUCAAUGCGGCAUUUCCUAUCUCAUAACAACCAAUACUUGAACAUUUUCAAAAGCAUUUUUGCAGCAAUUUUUACUUUAUAACAAACCAAUACAGGAGCAAUUUCAUAAGCAUGUGACAACAUGACAUUUUCACUUCACAAGUGGAUUUGUCAAUUACAACAUCUAGCACAUUUUUCCCAUGAAUAGCUCAGGUUUUAAUAAAACAAAGUAUGAUUUAACUUUCAUAAAAUAUAUUUUCUAACUGAAGGCAACGGCCAGUUUCUACGAAAUUGCAAGAGGAAUAUGUGUCAUUUUCAUCAAAAUAUGUAUUUUAAGACACUUAUUAUUCCAGAUGAGGAAGGACAAACAAAUUAUUGAACAUACCUGUGGAAACAACAACAACUCAGCUUCUAUCAAGAGCAAAAUAUGAACACUUCCUUGUUUCCAUACUGCUGUACCCUGCUUCUGAAACUCUGACAAUGAGUGAAACAUUUCCACUUGUCGCCCAUUUGUAAAUAAAAAUUCUUCGCACGUUUUCAUGCGAUUAAGUCGUUAUAUCGUUGCGUACAAGCACUACAACUUAAUCUUUCAAGAAACACUUUAUUUUCCAUGAACAAACCAGUAAAAGAGGACAAAAAAUCCUCUCACAAUGCAUAUUUUCAGCGUUCGAAGAAUCAAAAUGUUUGUUAAAGAAAUGCGCCCGCAAUAUUUAGACAGCGACAACAGAAUGCCCAGCUGUUGUCCAGUCACAGAAUAAGGCACACAGAAGGUCGACUCGAGUAACCCAGUAACCGCUGCCACGCCAUGAUUCAUUAUCAAAAUGCUGACGCCAUGGUCCCAGCCAGUGCGCGUUUGAGAGGCAUUCCCCCCUGGACGUCCACCAUUUUGAAUAUUAUCAGGGGGGUGAAUGCCUCUCAAACGCGCACUGGCUAGGACCAUGGCGUCAGCAUUUUGAUGAUGAAUUACGGGUUACGCCAAAAUCAUAGGAAAAACCAAGAAGUCGGCCUUCUGUGUACCUUAUUCUGUGGUCCAGUUAUCGGGCUCUAACCGCAAAUUACAGGUUAGAGCUAUGGUUAGAGCGAUGCAACGCAGGGCCGCAGGUUCAAUUCCUGCAAAGAGGACGUUUUGCAUUUUUCGCAACUGCUUCUAGUUAGGUCUAAUAAAUGUAUAAAAAUCACGCUCGAAAUUUCCCUCUACAAAUCCUUUCAACAAUACACCCUUUCGAUAAUUACGUCAUUUGGCCUGGGAGCCUCGUGAGCCAAUCACCUUGCGUUAUUUACUAAUGAGAGCGAGGCUCCAAGACCAAAACGUAUGUGUGACGUAAUUAUCGUAAGGGUGUAUUAACGGACUGCACAAGGCUGCAAAUUUGAAUUCAUAUUUUUGUCGUACUGUAGGUCUUAUUGCCAGACACAAGAAACUCGUUAUAAGUUCGUUUUUUGUCUCUGUAGGAAAAGAAAUCAGAGAAGUCCAUAAAAUCAUCAAACACCAUAUCUGACGAUGUUUGGGAAGUAGAUCAUGGUGCAAAAUAUUUAACUUAUGUCUUUGUUGGUUGGUCUGGAAGUUAUCUCGCUCCUCUAGCAUUUCAUUUACUUGGUCUUAACAUUUCCAGUUAAAUCUACAAUACAUGCAUGUUGCAAACAUGAGGAAUGGUCUUACUAAAAAUGUGUUUUAAAAUGUGCACGUUUCUGAGGUUAUGUCUUUAUGUCAUGCAUGCAUGCAUGCAGCUUGGGAUAGCGGCUGCUGUAUAUUUAUAAGAUCAUGCAGUUAACAACACACAUUUAAAUAAAAACAAUGGGGAGAGGAGAAGUUUACCUUGCGACCUUUAGAACACUAAAAUUACAAUGCAGUUAUAUACAUGCAGUCGGACAGCAACAAAUGCCUGUAGUCCAGUUGAUACAACCGUUGAUCCUUCAUUAAUUAAUGGUCGGAAGAAAUAUGUCAGAGUUAUAAAUUUGUCAUCCUUGCAGAACUGUACACUGUCCUACCAAGUAAUGCCUGUUUACUAUAGGUACAUCAAUGUUAUAUUUUCCUGUUAUCUCUAUAUAUCGUGUGAUAUAGAGUAAUAAUAGAUGAAUGCUGAAAAUAGAUCUAUCCUGAUUAGGUCGUUAAGAACCAUCUAGUGCGAGGUCUUUGUGAUCAUACCUGUAGCCUCGUUUUUCAGUGGACACAAUGAUUUUUUAUCCAUUUGUAUAAUGGGUGCAUUAUAUAGUAUCUCCCAUGCACAGACAAGUUUCCCAGUUUGCCGAGCUCGUAUACAUGGACACGCUCAUGGUCUUUGAAAUGCAUUAUCUAGAUACACAGUGAAUUUCAAAGCGAUAAAUACAGUUAAUUAAAUUAAUUAAUUAGGUUGUAUUCUCAAAGUCGAGAUUCAAAACCACAUCAUCUCGCUGUCUAAUUUAUCGUGAAAAGCACAUUGUAUUUGCAUAUUUUUACUGAUAUAAAGCACAUCUAAAGAGUUUGAGGGGGAAAAAAUUUAUUAUGAAUAAUCACCUUAACGCAAUUUGAAAACUUUGGCUUGACAGAAUUUUUUACUUUUGUGCAAAAUUGCAAACUCUUUAGAUGUUGUUUUACAUAAGUAAGAUGCUUUUUGUUUUUCAACAAGUAAUUGUGAUUUGUCCAAAAAUGCUCAGCUGAUCACAAAUUUUCUAUUUUGAAAAAACUGUAUCGAGCCACCUUAAUAUGCAGAUCAUAUUUGUAUUAGGUAAUAUAAACAGCAAGAACGACUGCGUUGUAUAAGAUAUAUAGGCCGUGGGUCGUUGUGCGAAAAAGUGCUUAGAAAAGCAAUUUCGUGGCAACCCUGUGGUUCAAUGCAUAGUACCAUAGAUGCUCAAUUACCAGAAAAAGUUCCCAAGCAAAAAACUUGCCAAACACCGAGAAAAUGGGUGAUCAGUGAUUAUCCUCUAUUAAACUAUGCAUUGAAUCACAGAAAAUCUAUUCCCCAAGGGGUUGCCACAAAGUGAAAUAAUUUUGGCCGGAGGCCCACGUCCUAAUAUGGUUGAAUUCUAUUAUUAAGAUAUUAAAUAAAAAUAGUCGCAGGUGAUAAUAAUUAUAUAUGAAAUUUUGAAUAGAACAUUUUACAUUUAAUUUAUAAAUCAUAUAGAUAAAUCAUAGAACAGCAGAAUAACAAAAUAUGUGGAUGGUAUAGUGAGUAUUUAUUGGUGUUAAAAAAAUAAUAAAAUAAAAAUAUAAACUUUCUUUACAUCUGUUUCUUAACAAUGUAGAAAAUAUCGUAGUUGACAGAUAUAAUAAAAUCUUUCAACGUUAUUAUGCUGGGUUUUUAGGUUGAAAUAGACGAAUUUAAUUCUACUUGACUAAAAUUUUGACAACAAAUGCGAAAAAUGUAGUAUUCUAGAAAUGUAUAUUGAUAAAAAAAUUAAUAUUUUCCAUUUUCGACCUUUGGCUUUCUACUUUCGACCCUCGACUAUCGACGUAUGACACUCGACAAUUACCCAAAUUCCCGUUUUUGAGCUGUUAUUAUACGCUCCCAUGCAUGCAUUUACCAAUCACGCGGGUCCCUAAUAGGGUCACGUGCAUGCCCGAUAUUUUGCGACAUAGGACAGUGCAUAUUGGACAGUAGCUUAUCGUGGCUUUUUUCCUGGUUUAUCAAUUAUUGUAAUACCGAUGUUUUGUCAAUUUUAAACACACAACAAACGAUAUAGCAAAGUAAUGAAAAAAAUUCGGAACAUUGUGACAGUUUUUCUGUCACUGAGUUUUGUUUAAAAUUAUAAAAGCGCGGGGAAAACUUGUCUUCCGCAAUUCAUUUGUUUACAACAGUCGCCAGGUCAGUAAUAUAUCAUUUUUCGUUAAAAUUAUAGGUCAAAUUACCUUUAAAGAUACAAGGAAUUGAGUUUUAUAUGCACACUUGUUUUUAAAAGCAAGUUCAUUGACGUUAGUAACUAAAGUUUAGUUAUAUAGUGCAUGGUUAGGUUAAAUUAGCAUAAGUAGCUAUAUCUAUAGUCAUCUAUUUUGUUUAUCUUCAGGUAUAAUAUAAGUUUGAAGACCAAUGUCAUUAAAGGCAUGAAAACUAGUUAAAAUUUUAAAAUCAAUAUAAUUUAUGGUUGAAAUAGUUGAAAAGAGUCCAAUUUCUUACGCAGUACGAAAGUCUCAAAUAUUCUGUAAAUCCAGGAAAUAGCUUCUUAGAAAAAGUCAUUGGAUUCUGUGUAUAAGUGCGGCGUUUCGAGACCAAGGUUCUUCUGUAGAAUUCGAAGUUUUGAGAACACCAUAUCCCAUUCCAAAAACGUGCUUUGUAACCACCUCGAUACUUUGGUCCCGGUUUCAGGUGUCGCUUUGAACCCCGUUCUCCCGUGCAGGACUCGCGUAUUAUGUAUCAUAACAAUUUGCCCAGGCUUGAGAUGGACGCUCACGAGAUUGCUACUACUGUUGAAUAAUUUUGAUAGUUGGUAGUAUGCUUCGUAGAACGCCAGUACUUCCUCUGUGGUUGACUUGUUGUUUGCCACAGUCAUAACUACUGGCUCGCAUGACAGAUACUCAAUACGACCUUUAUUGUUUAGGCUGAAAUGAAAGCAAAAAAAAUCAUUGUGAGUAUAAAGGAUGGUUUCGAGCGC